GAGUUUUUGUUAGUAUCCUUUCAUCUCGGGAAGUCGAUACGUCGUUUGAGUAUAAUCACCGUGAUUUUGGGGGUGUCUUUAUAUGCACACUAUUCACGGUUUUUUCAACGUCGCGGUAAUCUUAUAAUGUGACACUGUGACAGACUUAAAUGUGUUCAAGUGCAAUUGUGGAGCAGUUCUUGGUGCAUUGGGACCUGCAAUCGUGGACUGUGUGCAGCACGAAGUGCAUCAUGUGGUAAGAUAUCGAGUUUAUUCAUAUUUCAACAUUUUACUUCCCACGUUACUGGUGAAAAUGCGACAUUAUGCUUUUUAGAUAUUACAUGGUAUGUAAAUUAUGGUAUGUUGUUCAUUUCCGUCGGUUUGUUUCACUGUUUGUCUGUCCGCGUACCCUGAAUCUCGCUAUAUCUUGGGAAGUA